UAUAAAACAAGGAAAACUGAAUAGGUGCAUACAUCGACACACGUAGGAUCGUGCGUCACGGAAACCUGUAUUUAAAUAAGCCAAGAGUCGAAAUGAUUCACUCUGCAAAAUGUUUUUACCGCUAUACACGGUUGCCGCGUUAGUAAAUAUUAUCGCGAAGGCAAAUAAUUAUAAUAUCAACACCGCUUACAACCCUGACUUUGAUAUAAGAGUGAAACGUUAUGUAAACAACGACAGAAUCAACAAAAUUGAUAUUAGUCGUGAUGUGAAUGUGAAUUAUGUGAAGAAUAUUGAUAAAAAACAUGAACACAAAUAUGUUGACGGUGUUAACGAAGAUUCCGAACCAGUAAACGUAUAUAUUGACGAGGAUAAACAGGAAAAUGAUUUCAAUAAGGAAAUUGGAAUUGAUUCCAAUAAACAGAUAGUGCCAAAAGGAUAUGGUGUUAAUAAAUUAAAUAGUGGUUUUAAGGAUAAUUAUGAUAUUUCAACUAAACAAUUUUCCAUUGUAAAUGAGUUAAUAAGUCCAAAUGAAAUUUACCACAAUACGCCGAUAUUAAACAAUAAAUACAUUCAAAUAAUAAACAAUGACCAAAUGAAAGAAAAAAAUUAUGAGAGACACAAAAGAAGUUACUAUUUACCAAUCUAUAUGCCUGUUACAGAUGGUAAGGUCAAUGCAACGAAAAAACAAAAUAAAACAAUUGUUCCUUAUUAUCAAUUAAGCGAUACUAUAAUACCAAACUAUAAUCAUAAAAAUAAUAACAGUAAUAUUGGACAGCCAAUUCCGAUGGAGAAAAACAAUACCUUUUUCAUAAAGAAUCACACAAAAUAUGAUAACUCAUCUUCAAAUAGCCGGGGGUCAAACAUAUUUCCGGAUUUAUCUACAAAAAACUAUACAAAUUCUAUAAAUAACACCACGAAUUUACCAACGACUCAAAAUCCAUUAAACUCAACAACUGAGGAAAUUAAUUCUAAUGAAAUGUAUGAGGACUACGAUAAUGGAGGAAAUUUCGUUUGGACUGUACCGAAAAAGGUAGACAUUUAUCAACCCACUCCUAAAGUAGACAAAAAACCAACGGACACUCAAAAAAAUAAAACAAAAGGAGAAAAGCAACUAGAAAUUAACUUUAAUACUGCAAAUAAAUCAUCCACACUUGAAAGGAAGAACGAUACUAAAUCUCAAUUUAAUAACACGAAAUCCCUCUCAGGUAAUUCUUCGGAGGGGGACGUUAAAGAAAUUAAACAAACCAAAGAUAUAUUUAAUCAGAAAGAUAACCAUUACCGAGUUACCCGCGCUACGAAACCACAAAAAGAGUUAGAUUUCGAACUAGAUUAUGAAAAUUAUGGUGACUUCAUCGUGCACAGAAGACCCAAGCCCGUAGCACCUAAGAAACAAGGAAAACCGUUGAACAAAGACAAAAAAAAUAAUAAUACACCACGACCUAAAGAUGACAAAAAUAAUUCUACUCCGCGCCCACCUUCUACACCACGUAAUGAUCCUAAAAAUAAAACUAAUAAACCACGACCAGUUAAAACAGCAACAAAGGAUAAUAAAAAACAUUCAAGUGCUGAGUCCAGUGAAUCCAACGUAAGCGUCGAGAGAACUAAAAUUUCAUUGAAAAACAACGAUUUUAACUUGUUCAGUCGCUGGCAUAGUAUUGGUCGUAAGAAGCGAAGUUACUAUUUGCCCAUUCCUGAUGACGAAGACGACACCAGAAAGACUAAUGUCAGAGGACGCAAACCAAAUCGUGGUUAUUAUCCCUUGAGCGAUACACACGUACCAGUUUACACUGAUGGAUACGAUAUAAGCAAUUUCGAAGGAGACGUGAGGCCUUACCCAAAAAAGAAUGCCUGGACUACACCACCACCAAAACGUUACAAUGAAAGAACACGUGAUGAUGAGUAUGAAGUACGACCCAAAAAUAGUCGUCCAACAAAUAAAAAUCGCAACCAUCGAAUUGAACCAUCGCCAUCCCAACGCGACGAGUACAAAUCAGAUGAAGGUAUCGUCAGUUCUUUAUGGAAAUCAACCAAAUCCAUUUUCGGCAGAAAGCGACGAAGCAUUGACAAUGUUCCAUCGCACACAGCGCCAAUUCGCAAACGAAAAAGCGUCUCCGAUUUUUUCUACAACAUCAUUGACAAGUAAACACGGAGCGCUCGGAACUCAUAGAUUUUAAUGGUAAUUGGAACGGUAACGAAAACACACAUAUGAACUAUCAACUGCCUUAUGUGUCUGAUGAAUACCUUCAUAAUGGGCAAAAUAUGAAUCCAAAUGAAAAUUUAAUACCUGUUGCUACCACGGAGACUAACACGAAUAAUGUUAAUACUGAACAGGUAACACCAAAUACAGAAAAGAUAGAUGCAACGUCAGAAGGAACGCUGCAAGCUACAUGUUUUAUGUGCAGUUACGCAACAUGCCCGAUAAAUCAUAUACGAAAAGGAUUUUACUGUAUUCGGAUUAAGCGUUGAUUUUGUAUUAAACGAUAAAAAUU